AUGCGGCUUCCUCCGGGCCUGGCACUGCCGGCCCAUUCAUCGUCCCCGGCCAGGCACCCUCGCGCCGGGUCCGCGCGGCCAGCCAGGAAAACGGCGCCCCCGGCCCCGCCGCCAGGGGGAGCAGAGAGUCGCCUGCCGCCCCUCCGGGAAGUUGCCACCGCGGCCCGCCGGGCGUCUGGUACUGGACGGUCCAGGCCCCCGCACGGCAGGCCACCCCCCCCAACUGUGGCCCCGGGCCCGCCCCGCCCCGUCGGCACCGAUCGGUCCCGCAGAGCCGGGGCCGCAGCCCGAAGUGGGCGCUCUCAGCCCCGGCCCCCAUUCAAUCCCGCCCCCUCUCCCCGCCGGCCUCCGCCGCCUUCCGCCCCCCCCCCCCACCCCAGCCCGGACUCCAGCCCGGCAACGUCAUCCGGCCGCUUCCCGAAGCUUAACCCCUUCCUCCGCCAGCUGCGCGCCGCCCCGCCCCGCCGCCAACUUUCUUCGCCCAACUUCGCAGCGCGCGGGCCGGCCCGACGGCCAGGCGGAGACGGAGGGAGGGAGGGAGGGAGCGGCGGCCACGUCGCGCCGCGGAGCCGCGGCCGGUCCCGCCGACGGCGAGGACGUGGGGUCCACACCGCGGGCGCGCUCGGUCGACGCCCCCCGGCAUGGGGCUCGGGUCCGGCACACGCCUCCCCCCCACCCCGGGGCCCACCGGGACCCCCCCUCCCCGCCAAGGUCCGCGACCGCGGCGACGGCGGGCGGCACUGCCGCCGGGGGAGGGGCCGCCAAGGAGACGUGUCACUCCCGGCGCGGCCCGGCCCGGCCCGGCCCGGCCCCGGCGCCCCGACGGCCCGCCCGCGCGCCGCCGCUGCAGGGCCCGGCCAAGUUUCUUACCUGCAGCCGGAGACGCGGGAGGAAGAGCGAGAGGGCAGGAGCCGCAGCCGCCGCCGCCGCGGAACCGGGAGAGAGAGGAGCCGGCCAAGCCUCCGCCAAGAAGCCGCCCCCCAAGCAGCUGCAGGCGCCUCGAUCCCGACGCUGCCCGCCCCGUCCGCCGUCCGCUCUGGCCGCUCGCUGGCUGCGUGCGCGCGUGUGGAGUCGUGGCACUUUCUGCCUCGGAGCUGGCGAACGGCCCCCUCCGCAGGGAUCACCGCCUCCUGCCUUCCCCACCCGGGCCAGCCAUUCAUCGAGCCGCCUUUCCCCAUUGGCUCGCACCCCGCCACUCCGCUGGCCGCUGGCCAGUCAGAGCGCCGGCGGCCGAGCCGCGGCGGCGCCCAUUGGGCGGGGAGGCGGGCCUCCGCCUCGGCCAAUGGGAGAGGGGAGGAGCUGCGGGGCGCCGCGGGGGCGGGGCCGGGGCGAGGGGCGGGGCCGCGCGGUGCGGCGCUCGGCCCCUACGCGGGGGCGGAGCGGGGAGGGGCGGGGCGAGGCCGGUACGCUCGGCCACACGCAAGGGAGGGGGCGCCGGCCGGCCCCGCCCACUCCGGGCUCCUGCCCUGCGCGCGGGCGCCGACCCGGGCCAGGCUCUGGGCCGGCGGGGCCGCGGAGGUUCGAAUCCAGGAGGUGCUCCGCCCGUGCCCCUGGCCUGCUCGGGGCUGA